CGCUGAUUGACAAGAGUUAGCAUACACCACAACCUCAACAACGACACCAGCGCAACUCAGUCAAUCCAGUUUUUGCGCAUAAUCCGACAAUAUGGCUGACGCUCCUCGUGGACGUGGUGGUUUCGGUGACCGGGGCCGUGGUGACAGAGGUCGAGGUGAUCGUGGCCGUGGGCGACGAGGCCCUCGCCGUGGUCCGAAAUCUGAUGAGAAGGAAUGGCAGCCAGUCACCAAGCUGGGCCGUCUCGUCAAGGCUGGAAAGAUUCAGAGCAUGGAACAAAUCUACCUGCACUCUCUCCCCAUCAAGGAGUACCAGAUUGUCGACUGGUUUUUGCCCAAGUUGAAGGAUGAAGUUAUGAAGAUCAAACCUGUCCAGAAGCAGACCCGUGCCGGUCAGCGUACCCGAUUCAAGGCCAUCGUUAUCAUCGGUGACGGUGAGGGUCACGUUGGUCUCGGUAUCAAGACCUCCAAAGAAGUCGCAACCGCCAUCCGUGCCGCCAUCAUCAUCGCCAAACUCUCUGUCCUGCCCAUCCGAAGAGGUUACUGGGGUACCAACCUCGGUGAGCCUCACUCUCUGCCCACCAAGGAGUCUGGAAAGUGCGGUUCCGUCAACGUUCGAUUGAUUCCUGCUCCUCGAGGAACUGGUCUCGUCGCUUCGCCCGCCGUCAAGAGAUUGCUACAACUUGCUGGUGUCCAGGAUGCAUACACCUCAUCUUCUGGAAGCACAAAGACGCUGGAGAACACACUCAAGGCUACGUUCGUGGCUGUCAGCAACACAUACGGCUUCCUUACCCCCAACUUGUGGAAGGAGAACAAGCUCAUCAGAAGUCCUUUGGAGGAGUACGGUGAUGUUCUGAGAGAGGGCAAGCGCUACUAGGCAGUAGAAAGGACAUGAUCCAAAAAUAGUUCUCUGUUGCAUUUUCCAGCAACUGCUUGCACUGGCGUAUGGACGAUCAAGAUCACGUCUGUACUGGAGAAAUUCUAUGAUUCGAUGCGAUUAAAC